AUGACAAAAUUUAACUCAGGAGAAUUAAAUGCUCGACAUCUUCUCCCUCUUUAUGUGAAAGAAAUAGACAACCAACCUGAAAAGCGAACGCCGUGUUUUGCCUAUGGUAUGUCGUUCGUGUUUUACCUGCAACAUCAUUUCCGGAGAAAAUACAUGAGUUGCAGAGUUGAAGAAAUUCAAAGAUGUCCUCUUGUGGUGAUGCUGGGGUUAAAGUUGUCAUAAUGCCAGGUAACGGUGCAGCAGCUGAUGUUGAAUAUUGCAAUUUCUAUGCAUGGCUCCGUGAAAAAAUACAUAAAGAAACUUCCGCUCGAUGUAUCUUGAAGAACAUACCUGACCCUUAUAAAGCAAGGGAAAAAAUAUGGAUACCUUUCAUGCAUGAUCAAAUGAAAUGUGAUGAAAAUUCGAUAAUUGUUGGACACAGUAGUGGUGCAGUUGCUGCUAUGAGAUACUGCGAAACAUACAAAGUAAAAGGUGUCAUUUUGGUGUCUGCGUACAUCUCGGACCUUGGAGAACCAAGCGAGGCAGUCAGUGGUUAUUUCUCACGUGAUUGGAACUGGGACGCUAUGAAAGAGAAUUGUAACCUUUGGAUUCAAUUUGCAUCAAAGGAUGACCCACUUGUACCCAUUGCUGAACAGCGUCAAGUAGCCGAGUCACUUGGAACAGAGUUUCAUGAAUUCACUGAUAAAGGACACUUCAUGGAUGAUGAGUUACCUGAAUUGUUUGAAGUUUUAAAAAAACAUGUCUAAAUCUUGGAAUGAGAAUCUUCUUGUUCUUUACAAUUGUCAAACACUUAUAUGUUUCAUUUCCAAUUGACCUUUCAUCUACAUGUAUAGUAUUCUAAAUACAAAAUGGUAUACUUGGAAAUGGAUUUGUGAUAAAAGAUAAUAUUAUUAUUGAAAAGCAAUGCAGCUUGCAUUAUUCAAUAUUACUUCAGACACAUAUCCACUAAAUUCCAUGUGUAUCAUAUAAUGUGUCCUUCUUAAUGAUGUCAAACAUGCAUGUGGAUCACUAUGGCAAUCACAAAAUUCUGUACAUGUAUAUACGAGCCUAUCAUUUGGAAUUACAUGCACAUGUUUUUAAACCACAUGUUAUACAAUGUAGCCUUAGGUUGUAAGAGGUAUAAUCUGACAUCAAACAUAUGUGAAUAUGCUUGACAGGUGAUGGGAUUUGGUAACAUGAGGAGCAAUAAAUAAUAAAAAAUUACCAAAA